AUGCCGUUUUGUUUUCAGGCUGGAUUUUACAUCCCUCUGCUCAUUGUGAAAGCACGAAAGUUUGGAGCCCUCUAUUCUCUUGGCAGUUUUUUUAUGUUACUUAGUUUCGUUAUUCUUCUGGGACCACGAUCGUUUUUUGGCCUACUUUUUUCUCAAGACCGGUCACUACUGACCUGCGGCUAUUUUCUUUCACUCUUCGGCACGCUGUAUUGCUCAGUGUGGGUAAGUAGAUGUUUUUUGAAGAAGCAAGUAAUCGUACCUGACUUCGCCUUUGACGAGUUACCCCUGAACAGAAUUUUUUCGAUUUGUGAGUUACAGACCAUGCAAGUGUCUGUUCAUACUCAUUUCUAUAAUAACGUUGCUGGUGUUAUUCGAUUUUCAUGUGAACUGUAUGAUGUGUAA